UAUGAAAAUUGUUACGUAAUGAUUAGUGAGCCAAAAUCAUAAUCUCCCUUGUACUCAAACAACAAAUCAUAGCAGAAACCCAAAUAUGAAAUAUUUUAUAAUAAUGAAAUUAUUAUUAAAAAUUAAAAACCCACUACCCACCACUCUCUCUCAAGGACGGUUAAGAGCAUCAGCUACGAAAACUGCUUCUCGUCUUCCUUCACCAAACCCUCACAAUCAGUCUCUCUCUUCUUCAUCUUGAAGCCUAAGCCAAUCUAUACCUCAAUAUGUCCCAUUCUUCGUCUAUUAACCUACUUCAUUACCAUUACCUCCCUCCUUGUCUAAAUCACUCUUCCUUCCGGUUUUGCCUCACUGCUCCAUCUUCAUCUCGGUGGUCUAGUCCCGACGACGACAUCUGCUCCAUCAUGGCCAUGCCCACCACAACUCUCCCUGGCUCUAUGUCUCCCUUCAAUGUCCCUCAUAGUGUUGUGAGUUUUUAUUUUGUUCUAUUCUUAGUCAGAUCUGUUGGUUAUAAUUAGUGGUAUAACCGUUCCUUCUUCGUCUAUUUUUUUCACUUCUUAUUUUGAAGGGUAGAGGUAUCAGUAUAGAGAUAAGGACAUAACUUGUAGAUAAAGAUAACUAUGUAUUGUAGUUAUCUAAUCCCCUAAGGGUUAGGAGAUCCUUCUUGUUUCUGAAAACAAUGGAUUUCAACAUCGACAAAACCGUCACUGCAUGGGAAGAAAUGCUCAAAUGGAGGAAUGAAUUUGGAGCAGAUCAAAUUAUACAGGAUUUCAAUUUCAAUGAGUUGGACCAAGUCACAAUGUACUAUCCUCAAGGGUACCAUGGAGUUGAUAAAAAUGGUAGACCCAUCUAUAUCGAGAGACAAGGAAAAGCUCAUCCCGGUAAGCUUAUGGAUGUUACAACCAUUGACCGGUACUUGAAGUACCAUGUCCAAGAAUUCGAAAAGGCUCUUCAACAGAAGCUCCCUGCCUGUUCCAUUGCAGCAAAGCGACGUGUCACUACUACGACUACAAUACUUGAUGCUGAUGGCCUGGGUAUGAAGAACUUUAGUCCUGCAGCGGCAAAUCUCCUGUCCUCUAUUGCUAAAGUAGAUUGUAGUUAUUACCCUGAGCAUGUCCAGUGAACUUCAAGUUUAUGAACUAUACAAUCAUAACAAGCCAGUGCAAAGGUCCCAAAUUCCCAGUAAAGGAAUGCUGUUCCGCCUUUUUGGACUUUGCGUGUCCUUACACUGAACAGCUCAACGACCUGAGUAACGAUUGUGCUACCACUAUGUUCAGUUACAUCAAUCUCUAUGGUAAAUACCCGCCUGGACUUUUCGCUAACCAGUGCAAAGGAGGUAAAGAAGGUCUCGAGUGCCCCGCUAUGUCUCCUGCUUCAGCAGCAGAUGUAAACGCAGCCAUCAACACCGCUUCUUCUCCCCUUUGGCUGACCAUUUUUGCAGCUUUAUUGGUUUUUGUUAAAUUGUUAUGAGGCCAAAAAAAGCCAGAUAUAUGCAAUGUACCAGUAACAACCUGCGGGAAGGGAGUGUUUGUGUGCCCACGAUUUGUUUUAUUUGUAUCAUUCUUUUGAUCUUAGGAAACUUCAAAACCUUCUAAUUGAUAAUUCAUAUGACUUUUGUGUGUCUCA